CCGGCUCCCUGCUUUCGUCCCUUCGUCUUUCGCUCGGUCAUUUUCUGGUCAUGUUCUUUCACUUUGCUCGGGCUUGCAUUUCGCUCCAACUCUGUCUCCGACGCUCUAUUCAGUCGUUGGGUGUUGUCUGGGUUCCUUCCAAGUCAUGCUUUUCUUCGUCGGUGAUUUGCUUCUUGCUUCUUUCUGCCUUUGCUUCUUGCUUCUUCCUAUCUUCCCAUCUCGUCUUGGAUUCUACUUCUCCACCUUCCUUCCUACACAUUACAAUAGCUGCCACGUGUAAGCAGCUCUGGAAUAUGUACCCUUUGCCAGAUGGCUUGCUUUCAAAACUAUGUGUUGCAAGAAGUACUUACAACGUGUGCUGGAGGGCCGGAGGGUUGCUAGGAGUGCUGCAGGGUUGCAGUCAGCGCUGGAUGGUUCCAGUGAGUGCUGGCGGGUUGCUUGAAGCGCUACAGGGUUGUGACGCUGCAGGGUUGCUAGGGUUUGCA